UACGAAGUUCAGGGGUAGUUGUGUACUGAAGCGCGAGUGAGACAUUAGGGUUUUCGUUGCGGUAUAAAACUACCGUCUCGCCAGCCGCCCAUUUGCGCGUUAGGGCUUUCGGGAGGAGGCGACGAACGGAAAGCCGACCACCGUUGCCACCGAAACCCUGAAAAAUGCCAAAGCAAAUUCAUGAGAUCAAGGAUUUCCUUCUCACUGCUAGAAGGAAAGAUGCACGUUCUGUGAAAAUCAAGAGGAGCAAGAAUGUUGUCAAGUUCAAAGUUCGAUGCUCCAAGUACCUCUACACGCUGUGUGUGCUUGACUCUGAGAAAGCAGACAAGUUGAAGCAAUCUUUGCCUCCAGGUUUGAAUGUGCAAGAAAUUUGAAGAUGAUGCUGAAACCUUUUAAGCAGUGGCCAAAAAAAAAACUGUUCUGUUUUUAUUUUCUUUUUUAACGUAAGAAGCUUCUCGUCUUCUUUAGCAUCAACUUCUUCAGAUAUGUGUUCUGAAUUUUGAAGAUAUUUUUAGUCGCUUAUUUUGUUAUCAUUGAGUCACUCAGAAAGAUUUGGCAUAAUUUGUUUGCUAUUUGGAACCGGCUUGCUUAAGAUAUCAGGUUUUUUUUUUUUGGUAAAAAAUAUAUCAGGUUCAUCCUGGUGUUCUCGCUUGAUUAUAAGCACCCACAAAGAGCAUCUGGUGAUUUUUUUUUUUUUUUGGGUGCAAGUGGCUGGAAUAUAUAGUCUCCAACUGCAUAAUUUUUUUAUUGGAAACCCCGUGAUAGAUCCUGGAGAUGUUGAUGACCAUGGAAGUAAGACAAGUGGCUGACACACCUUGUGAGCCUUAUCCAUCAAUCUUAUGUUGACUAUGGAUGAUGUUAUAAACUGUGGAAGUUGAUCUCCACCAUAAUUACACUGUCAUGCCCAUUUAGAAUUGGGGAUAAGUGCUGACAGGGAAGAAGUGGCUCAGAUGACCGUCAGAAAAAAGAAAGGAGCAUCUAUAGGGGGAGAAUACGAUGAACUGGGGGAAGUGAAGCACUCCCUGGUUGUGUUAUAUUUGUUCUGCAGCAAACUGGUGGGAGAAGUGCUUCUUGGUUUGUAACAAUGACUUCCCGGUUGUGGGUUAUGUUUCUUCUGGAUGCGAUGACUCAGCUGAGUAUAAUAUAUUGGUCGUCUGGUCAUGGCCGUGUCAAACUAUACCUACAAUGAGCCAUGCUU